GAUUGGGGGCUGGAACUUUCUGCCGCGCUUCCAAAACCGACACACUUCGAGGGUCAGAAACGGGCAAGACGCGCCACCCUGCAUGUGGGUUGCUUCCAACCAUGGCUGCUGGGGGGCUGCGAUCCUGGAAAAGUAGGAUACUGGUAUGUACUUGGAGAAAGUGUCGGACGUUGUCAAUGCGUUCCCCGUCGAUCUCAUACCUUGCGUGUAUGCGUGGUGCCCGGUCCGGUCCCGAGGGCAUCGGAGCCGGCUCCGGAGCGGUGGCCAACUUCACCUCGUCCCAUUUCAUCACCUUAACGACGAAGCACCAAGGGUUACUUACCUAGUUAGGUCGUCAGUCAUUUCCCUCAAAUCCAACGUCGAAUCCGAGAACCCCGAGCAAGCGCCCGUCGCGGUAGCGCUAGAAACAACCAACUGCAUGCUCCCUCCAACCCACACAAAUCACGAAGAACGAACAACUAGCCGCGACCUCGUGGUCGGCCGGCAAAUAUGCAGCCAGUCCGUCCCGCAAGGGCGGAUGAUCCGCUCUCGUCGCGUGGCGUGGCUUGGAAAGGAUGCGCUUAGCCGCCGCCGCAACGCCGCCGGCUGCUGUGCCGCCUGCCGGUCCGCGGGGGCGAAGGGCGAUGGGGAGCAGGAACACGGCACGCGGAUUGCGGAGAGCAUGGAACGUUUCUGGAACUACGACCUCCCCCUCCUAUACCCGGUUGAGAGAUUGUGUGGUGGAAGGGGGGCUCAGGGCAACCGUUGUGGUGUGCAAUGCCAGCGUGGUAUUGCGUCCAAGCGGGAGUCGUGGGAAAAGGGGUUCCUUCCCCGGCGGAGGAUGGGGGGACUCGGAGCUUGGGUUGGGUGGUUGAUGAUCGGCUGCGAUAGUGCUUCGUAAUAAUGUGCGCCCGGCAAUCAAAGCGUUGUUCUUCGGCCAC